GACUUGGUGUGUCUCCCCCCUCCCUUCAGUCGGGGAGCGAGGAGACCCAGAGCUCGCGGGAAGGAGGGACGGAGGGAAGGAGGGAGGGGAGCCCCUUCCCCUGCUGGCAGGCUCCGGGGCUUCAGAGCACAUCUGAGUCCUCUUAGGGCGGCGCGCGUGUGAGGCAGGCCUGGCGGGGGCGAGCGGGCCGGCGAGAGCGAGCAGCGCCUGGCGGGGCCCUUUUAAUUGGCGGCCUGAGCGCCGAGCGCCGUGUCCCCUUCUGCCUGCCAUGGAGUCCUCUUUCUACACCGCCGCCCCGCAAGGCAGCCCCGACGGCUCCUCGCCUUUUAGGGCAUUUCCCGGCGGCGGCGGCGGCGGCGACAAGUUCAGCUCCGCUUUCCUGACCGCCAAAGGGCAAAGCGGCUUCGGAGACGGCCGGAGCGGCAGCCGCAGUCCCAAGUGCCAGAGCCGCUACAGCCAGGGGGAGUGCCCGGCCCUGGAGGCCGGCGGCGGGCAGGGGGCUCCGGCGGCCGCCUCCUUUAGCAAGUAUCACCCGCAGCCCCAGCAGCAGCAGCAGCAGCAGCCGCCACCUCUCUACGUCCAGCGAGGCCCUUGCAAGAGUCCGCCGGGCGGCAGCCUCAAGCAGCUGCAGGACCCCAGCGGCCACAACGGAGCCCUUCAACUCUCCUGCUACGCUAAAGAAAGUUCCUUGGGAGAGGCUGAGCUGCAGCCAGGCUCAGAUCCUUCUGGAAUGGAUGGUAGCUACCUCAGCGUGAAAGAAACUGGUGUGAAGGUGCCCCAAGAAAGAGUGAGCAACGACCUUCCCAGCCCAAUGGACAAGACAGAUUCAGAAAGCAACAAAGGCAAGAAAAGGCGGAAUCGCACCACCUUCACCAGCUACCAGCUGGAAGAACUGGAAAAAGUCUUUCAGAAGACCCACUACCCAGAUGUCUAUGCCAGAGAACAGUUAGCCAUGAGGACAGAUCUCACAGAGGCCAGAGUACAGGUGUGGUUUCAGAACAGACGGGCAAAAUGGAGGAAACGAGAACGGUUUGGUCAAAUGCAACAGGUUCGCACUCACUUCUCCACAGCUUAUGAACUGCCAUUGCUAACUCGAGCGGAGAACUAUGCCCAGAUCCAGAACCCAUCCUGGAUUGGCAACAAUGGUGCUGCCUCCCCUGUGCCUGCCUGCGUAGUGCCAUGUGACUCAGUGCCUUCUUGCAUGUCCCCCCAUGCACAUCCCCACACAGCGGGAGGAGUCUCCGAAUUCCUGAGCGUCUCUGGUCCCAGCAGCCAUGUGGGACAGACUCACAUGGGCAGCCUCUUUGGCAGCACUGGCAUCAGCCCUGGCAUCAAUGGCUAUGAGCUGAAUGGCGAGCCUGACCGCAAGUCCUCCAGCAUUGCAGCCCUGCGGAUGAAAGCAAAGGAGCAUAGUGCGGCCAUAUCGUGGGCAACAUGACAGGGCUACAGCCAUUAUCCUCCAGACACUGACAAAGCGAACAGGAGAGAUGAACCAAUCCAUCCACUCUUGGACUCCAGACAGCCUGUACCCUCCUCAGAUAUUGGAAUGCAGCACUUUUAGCUACCCUAGGUAUCAUAGCAUUACAUAUAUUACCAUACUUGGAGUAUUUUAAGCAUUUGAGGGUUUGUGAGUCCGUGAAACCAGUCACGUGUAAGGAAAUUUCAGGAGUUUCAAAUGACCAGGCAAACUUGAUUUUACUGUUCCUGCAAUGUGUUUCCCUUAUGCUGUCAUUCUUCUGCUUGCUCAUGACAAAAGACUGUAAUGUGUCCCUUGUCUUUUAUAAUGUCCAAAUUGUACGUCUAAAAAAAAAGCUGUUCAAACCAGAGGUUUUAGUUGGUUGUUCCACACAUGACCUUCCUCCGUAAUAUUUAUGUUGAUGUUUUGGACAGAGUUCUGAUGUCUAAUGCCUGAAAAAUAUGGUUGCCAUUGCUGUGAGCCAGUUUCAGACUGAAAUGUGCAUGUGUUGUGUGUAAGGCGUGCUGAUUUGGCAUGUGUGACAAUCUUAUGAGAUACAGUCGGGGUAACAGACUUCAAUCCAAGAAUUGCCCCUGCACUUCAGUUCCCCACAAAGUUAAGAGACAAGGCCAUUAUGGAUUCCCCAGCUCCUUUCAGCUUGUCCCUCUCCCAUCUAAUGAACAGGACUUCAGGUAUACUGCAUAGCAGGCAAAGGUGGAGUCAGAGAAAAGUGGCAGAGAAAAGCCCCAGCUGCGCUGUUUCUUGAUUCAACACAGAAUGAAAGGUACAGAUGGAACCAUCAACUUGGCAGCCAUACCACACAAGUGUCCUGAACUGAUCCAGACCUAGGUGGUACAAUCCACAGGAUUGGGAGGGCAAACCCCUGCAUGCAUUGGUAUUUCUUCCUUUUCUGCUUCUCUCACACACAGUUUUGUUUAAAGCUAUCAGCACUUAGUCAAUUAUGGGAGAAAUUACUAUCAGUUGAGUGCAGCCUUAACAGGUUUGGGUGUUGGCUUGAGUGAAAAGUCAUCUGGGAGAAGACCAUGGGCAAUAGCAGAGGAGGAACUGUUAUCCAUAUCUUCUCUGGUGUUACAUUUAACUGGAAAGAAGGUCAAGUUAUGCCGAUUUUCUCUUUCUAGAUAGUUAUUUCAUUCACAAAUCUCUGGCCAAUAAGAGAAAGUCUCCAUGAUUACUAUAAUGAAGGCUUUCUUCAGUUAAAGAACUAUACACAAAUGGCUGUUUUUAGUGGGUGGGGUGGGAAUAGACUUGGGACAUUGUCUUCCCAGAGUUCUCAUUAAACUGUUCCUUUCUUAAACACAAGCUGUUCCUUCCCAAGAUCUACAGUGGGUGCCAGAGAGAUGUUUUAGGAAAUAAAGCUUAAGGUGAUUUCCUUCCUUGCAAAUGUUUUCAACUGAAAGCCUUUUGCAGAUAUAGAUCUACCUCCUAUUCAUCAGAGAGAUCCCAGGACCCUCUGCCUUGUAGUUGGAUCAAAGAAGAUUUGUUUCAGGUCAGUUGAGAUUCUAUCCAACUCAGCCAGGCAAAAAGCAAGACUUUUAAUAACGUUUGGGUUUUGUGGCUUCUGAAACAUAGAGCUACAUCUACAUAGGAUGAUCCUUUAACUGUUCAUCUUAUUUUAAAGGGGUGUUUACUGAAGUGGUAGCUUCACUAAAGUGGUUUCCCUUCCUUAAGUAAGCAGCUGCCUUACAAGCUCUGAAAUGUACUCGGGUUCAGUUGGACUUCAGAGCAAAACUUAGCUUGCUCUGAGUCAUGCCUGAAGUACAAAUUUCCACCUGCCUUCUGGCUUGCAAAUGGCCCUGGAAUAGGAACAGUGGCGUAUCUAGGCAAACUGGACCCCUGGGCAAAACCUGAGUUUGAUGCCCCCCCUUGGGCAGCCACUCUCCCCCACCGUGACCAAACAAUUAUUUUUCCACAAGGUCAUUUCAAAGUC